AUGACGAACUUGUACGCGGUUUCAAUGGGAUACUUGAUGCCGCUUAUCACCCUAUUCUUCUUUGUUACAUCUUACAUUCUAAGCGCAAAUUUUUACCUCGUGAGAUUCAAACUUCGUAAACACUCGAGCCUGCAGUCAUUCUGGCUGAUGACACUUUUUGUAUACAACUAUCUCGCCGUUACUUCUUUUAUGUUGCUGCACUGCCCCAAAGUUGGUGGGAAAAUGGUUUUCUUCUACGAUGGAAACGUGGAAUGCUUCCAAGGAGAACAUUUAGCUAUGACUGUGGUUGCGUUCGUGGUUCUGUUUGGCUUCGUCAUUUCCCUGCCUGUGGUUGUACUUAUCCUCACUAAAGGUUAUUGGAAGGUUGACCCACAGUAUGUCAACACGCUUAUUACUGGUCUGCGCCCGCAAUGUCGAUGGUGGUGGUCCGUGGAUAUGUUUCGGAGGUUAUUACUACUUAUCAGUUACUCAUUUAUUCCUCAUUGGUUCACAAAGCAGGUUGUCACCAUUAUCAUGUGCGCCUUUAUCCUCGCUGUACACAGCAUGUUUCAGCCAUAUAGGAAGAAACGAGUCAAUGUGGUGGAGUCGCUGUACCUUUAUAUCCUGUGUGUGGUCGCCAUUAUGCAAAUAUUACAGGAGUCCGAUUAUAUCUCUAAUAUUGUUUGCUCCAUCUUGAUGAUAAUUACUACAAUACAUGCCGGGGGAUUGACUUGUUAUAAGGCUGUAGGGUUCUUCGAGAGGAGAUUCAAGUGUUCAUGUCCCAAACCGUGUCCCAGGCAACGUAAUUACGGUUCCAUGGAGGAGGCAGCUAUCGACAGCUCUAUUGAUGAGGCACAGAGACGGCGCAAAGACAUUUUUGAUACGAUCUUUGAUAGAUCUGAAGAUGAUAGCAGGGAUGAAAAUGGCUCAAAUUAUGAUGGGAAUUGAAGUUCAAUCGGAUUGAGUCAUGAAAAUGACACGAAUCGUGGAAAUCAGGAAUAGGAUUAUAUUUUAGUAUAAUUUCAGAGCUAAGCAAAGAGUUUCCAGCAAUCUGAUUGGUCGAGCGGUUCCUUACA